AUGCGAGUUUCUGUACGGUGGCUGAAUAAAUAUUCACGCUCCACUGAAGCCGAGACGGCGACGAGCAACGAAUCUGAUUCAGAGAUUAAACUCAUAGCUCAAGUAAUAAAAGAAUCAGCAGAAUUUUUCAAUUGGGAAUAUUUAAGACGUCAUUUUUUUUUUAUGAAAUGGAGGGCAAAUGACUGCGCUCCACCUGAUGAGUUUAAUGGCGAUUAUAAAGUUCGGCUACGCAUUAGUCGUGGUCACCCUUCUGCUUAUGAUAUGGGCAUCAUUAUCCAGGGCCUUAGAAGUAAGUAUUUAGAAGACACCAAAACCUACUACACAAUACACGUAGAUACAGGCCAUCCGUCAUGCCUGUUCCAAGCCUUAUGUACAUGUUCCAAGCCUGCGGGCGACCUGGGCAUCGUGACCUGUAACAACGUACCCCUGCUGAGGGUACCCACUAUCUUGAAUAGCAGCAAAGUGUUCACACUCCAGCUUACUGGCAAUCACAUUAGGGAACUGGAGCCACAGUUUUUUCAAGCUACAGGAAUAUAUAGAUUAGCUAUCAACCAGAACCCUUUAGAAACAAUCCACGAAGAAGCGUUUUACGGCUUAGAUAAAUCACUAUGGGAAUUAGAACUUCGAGAGGACAAACUGACAGCCGUGCCAAGUCGGUCCCUGCGAAAUUUACAAAGAUUAAAGCUGCUGGACUUGUCUGGUAACGAAAUAACAGAUAUAUCGGGCGAUGAUUGGAGAAACCUAGAAGGGACAUUGCAGACGUUAAUAUUGGCUGACAACUCUAUUGGCAAUUUACCAUUGGACGCAUUCUCGGGACUCGAAAUGUUGGAGACCCUUGAUUUGCAUGGUAACCAUUUGGCAGUCAUUGAAAGUGGCGUUUUUCGAGACGGCAUGAGUAGGCUGAAUAAGCUGCUUUUGGGUGAUAACCAAUUGACUUUCAUACCGUAUGAAGAAAUAUCGCCGCUCCGUCAGCUGAAAGUGCUUGAUCUCUCCAACAACGUUAUAAAACAAGUGCCUCCCGCUCAUGAACUGAACGCCAUCAGAUUAUCACUGGAUUUACUCAAGUUGGACAACAACGUGAUCCGAGUACUGUAUCCCAGUUCGUUUAAAUUUUUUAACGUUUUGAACACAACAACGUUGGAUGGAAAUCCCAUUUAUACGAUAAGGGAGGAUGCGUUUCGUCACGCCAAAAUCAAAACCUUGUCCCUACGCGACUGCAGUAUCACAGAGUUAUCUCCGGCAUCGUUCGCCGGUCUUGAGAACAGUCUGCAGAGUCUCGAUCUCUCCGAAAAUAACCUCACCAUGAUCUCCAAGUUUAUGCUCAACAAACUAGACUCUCUAAGAUUCUUAAACUUGAAGGAAAAUAAGGUGGACAUAAAUUUAUUAGCAACGAAUACACCAACGGAUUACGCAAUGACGGCUUUCAAUAACUUUCAAUAUAAAUUAUUUUACUUAGAUGUUAGUGGUGAUAAUUCGAUUGAAAUGGGUUUACAAGAUGUCAGAAGAAUGCGAUCUCUCCGCUACCUAGCAGUCGGGAAACUGAUCAGAAAGAGCAUCCGAUCUGAAGACUUCCUAGAAUUCGGUGUGGACAUUGAAGACCUAAAGAUUUACGGCAGCACUAUAAAUAGGAUAGAAUCAAGUGCCUUUCAACACGUGAGAACAAUCAAAACAUUGGAUCUAUCGGAAAACAAUAUAGAUUUUAUUGAUCCCUUCGCAUUCGCUGAGCUUCAUAGUUUAACGACGUUGAAGAUGGUAAAUGGAUUAGCUGAUGAAGUGAGAAUCCUUCCGUUCGAGCCUUUGAAGGCUCUGAUAGAGCUGCAGCAUUUGGAUCUUAGCAAUAACAAGCUCAAAAAUGUUCCCGAUACAUCUUUUCACUUCUUGUACAAAUUGAAAUCCCUUAAUCUACAAGAUAACACUAUCGAUCACUUUUCCAAAGGGACUUUGCAGGGUGAUAUUCAUAGCCAACUCCUGAGCAUCUGCCUAUCGCAUAAUGAAAUGAGACAGAUAGUGCAACACACAUUCGUUGAACUGAAAGAGCUCCAGCAAAUUUUGAUUGAGGAUAACCUCAUAGAAACAAUCCAGAGGCGGGCAUUCACGAGUCUCGAUAAUUUGAAAGUCAUAAAACUUAGGGGAAACAGAAUAUAUGAGAUCUCUGAAGAAGCAUUCCAAAAUAUUCCUGCACUAAAAGAAUUAGACAUAUCUUUCAACCAACUGAACACAUUCAAGUUCUCUAUCUUCGAUCAGGUUGGCUCAGCCACAGCUUUGAAGGUGAACGUAUCAUACAAUAGAAUGACAACCCUUCACGACAGCAACGCAUUAAGCUUCUUCACGGCAAAUUUCUAUCAACCGAAACCACAAAACUUCUCAUCUGAAGAAAACAUUCCAUUUGACGAAGGUCUCGGCACUGUAUCUGUGAACAUCAGAGUAUUGGAUUUCUCUCACAAUAAUAUUACCUACAUAGCACCUUAUUAUUUCAGACAUGCGGAUUUUACACUGGCAGAGUUGUAUCUGUCUCAUAACUUAAUCAGAAAUAUAACAAGGGAAGUUUUCGGAUCUUUGGUUGCACUGCAAUAUUUAGAUUUGUCGCAUAAUUUAAUUUACCACUUGGAAUACGACUGCUUUGCAAGAGCCAAAGCAUUACAAAUUUUAGACUUCUCCCACAAUUAUAUCAGCGAGUUGCCGGUGGAAGUUUUUCGGGACAUGCAAGGACUGAUAUCUUUAGACCUAUCUGAUAAUCGCAUAAGGAACCUUGCCGAUAACUUGAUAGUGUCACCGUUCUUGGAAAGAUUGGAUCUAUCUGAAAAUUAUUUGUCGAGAGUACCAACAAAUUGCUUAUCCCAAGCAGCAGCAGCGAGUUUAAUAGAACUAGACCUUAGUGGUAAUACAAUUCCAGCUAUUUCUAUGGCGGAUUUCGUGCAAAGAUUUAGGAACCCAGAGCAGGGCGAGUUCUGGCCAGAGGAGCCCGACUACAGCGACGAAUAUAUGUACCACACGGCUAGGAGAGAUCACACCAGAGUGUACCACCAAAAAAAACAAUAUCCGCAAAAUAUCCUGUACAAGUCAUUGAUGUGGUUGGACCUAUCGAACAAUCAUCUUGUACGUAUUGAAGGCGGGACAUUCACUGCUCUUCCUAAACUGAGAUGGCUAGAUCUCAGUAAUAACCAACCUUUUAAUGGUGGCGAAAGAGGAUUUACAGUUUUCAAGGGAUUGGAGAGGAGGCUUUUCCAUUUAGGGCUAAAGAAUGUUAGCUUACUUACUGUGCCUUCAAUGCCUCUACCGAAACUGAAGAGUCUGGACUUAUCAUACAAUAAUCUUCCAUCGAUACCAAUAGACGUAACAUCUAAUCUGACUCGAUUGAGAAAAUUAGACCUUUCAUACAACGACCUAUCUACCGUGCCAGUGGCAACUCAAUCGCUGUCUCUCCGCUGGUUGUCAUUGGCGGGCAAUCCCAUAACUGCUUUGAUGAACAACAGUCUCUAUGGAGUAUCAUCACGCAUGGAAUAUCUUGACGUAACGAAACUUCGAUUGAGAAUUUUAGAGCAUGGUGUCUUCGGUAAAAUGAGCGGAUUGAGAACUUUAAAGAUUUCUGCCUACCCUGAUGUACGAGAAUUUAAUAUACCAAGAAUGCUUACGUAUAAUGCGGCUCUAGAAAAUCUUUUUGUUGAGGUAGACUACAGCCAAGAGUUUGGCAAAGAGAUGAGCGCCCAACUGCCGUGUAAACUCAACAAUAUUACUAUAACUGGGAAACCCCUGAGAUAUCUUUCGCCUUAUUUAUUAAUUGGUGUUCAUUCGAAAGUCUUAAGGCUGACUAUAUUUAAUACGAGCAUAGAGGAGAUAGGUAGUGAAGUUUUCUGGAAACCAGGCAGAGUGAGAAAUUUAACAUUAGACGUCAGAUAUAAUUAUAUUAUGAAAGUUGCCAAUCCAGGCCAGAAGGAGUGGCCGGGAGUACCUAAUAAUGUGUUCUUGCAUGAUAUAUUUGUCGCUGAUAAUCCAUUAAUAUGUGAUUGCGGUGUUGGGUGGAUUGAAUCUUGGGACAGAAAGAGAAGACAGUAUCUUUGCACAAGCCCAUUCGAUUGCAUCGGCACUCGGGAUGAUGUUAGAUUUGCAAGAUGUCCAUUGUAUGAUAAUCGGACUCUUAAUGAUGUAUUAUCAAGAGAUUUAGACUGCAGUUGGAGUAAGGGAUUUUUAACAUCGCCAAAUAUACUCAUAGUUCUCGCAAUGUCGCUGCUGACAUGCCUUUACAUUUGAGGUCUGUUUUGGAUGCUUGGGGUUUACGAAGAGUUCUAUCGAAUUUUGUCAAGAGUAUACCAAUUUUAAGAAGUUUUUAACAAAACGCGGACGGCACACUUGAUUGGAAAUUGUAAACAAAUUGGUAAGAGCUUGUUUAGGAUAUAAUUAAGAGAUGGCAUGUAGAAAAGAACAAAUGUAAAUAGGAUCAGUCAAGAAAUCCCAUCGGAUAAAGUUAAGAAUAUGGUGACGAGUGAAGUUAUAAUUGAUGAAAUGUUACGAAGGAUGUAUCUGUCUAUGUGGCCUAACUGAACUGCAUCAAGAAAUCUGUUGGUGGAACCAAUCCAAAUUUCGAUUAGUGGUAUUAAACUUGGCUCUUAGUCGCGGUAAAGACUCAAAAUGAGAUAAUGUUCAUGUUUUUAUACAUGCAAGUGGAUGCGUCGAAUCUAGUGAAGCCUAUACUAAAUUGUGAUUUACUUAAUAAAAUGUUUUGAGCGUGAUCUCAUGGGAUUGAUUAUAGAGACGUUACCGUUGAUGUCAUAAUUAUAAUUUUCUACGUUUUUAGUGUUCACUUAAUUGAAAUGUUGUUUUGAGUGUAUAGAUUUAAGAUUUAUUUCUGUAAGCACAUAUAUAGUGUCUGAUAUGAUUUAAAUGAAUUCUCGGGUAUAAGUUCUCAAGUAUACCUUUGAUUGAUUGUGUAUUUCAUUUAUCAUCACCAAAGUGUGCAAAUUGCAAUCAAUGUGUUUUAGAUGUUGCAUUUAAUUAUAUUUAAUAAAAAUAAGUUCACAAGAAAGCAAUGACUUAAUAACGUUUAUCGUCUAAGUAGACUGCAUUCUCUCGAAUGAUAUGUGUUCGUCCAUUAUUAAGAUUAACGACGUUAUUUAUAGGCGUGCUCGAUUGUCUAUUAGCGAAGUGUAGGGUUAAAUGUAUAAUAUCGUUUUUAUUCUCAAAUAGUUUUAUAUUAAACUUAUAAUUUUUAUUUACUUUCGAAUUCUAAAUGAAUGUUCCAAAAUUAUUAUCAUCUCCUUAAUAGUGAUGGUUGAAUCUCAAUCAUAUUCUUCUACAUAAGUAGGUGUGUUUACUGAUUACAAAUCUUUGUACAAAUCAAUGUUUCCACACAAUUCGGAAAAAAAUGAUAUAUAAAUAGCUUGAAUCUAUUUAGACUCUAAAUAUUUGAAUUGUUUAUCUAUUUACAAAUUCUAACUGGUUAUCUCGUUAAAUAAAAAUAUUUUAUUACAUAUAUGUACAUGUCAGUAGCUGUUUCUUCACAAAGCAUGCUGUAACAUAUUGAACGUACUAAUAUUAAAAAAUAAAUAGAUUUUUAUUGACUGAAUUUAAGUAUUUCAAAGCUAUCGCUGGUAUAUUUAUAUUAAGUGUUGUCUGUGUGGUGUCCAAAGUGGCUUAUUUAUUAAGAUUUGGUUAAUGUUUGUUAAAAAGUUUUAUCCUUUGCAAAAUUAUUUAUUGAAUAGACAAAUUUUUGGAAAUUUAAUAGCUGCAGUAGCGUGAGUAGAUAUUCCUAUGAUUAAAUUUUGUUCAAAGUAAUAUGCAUGUUAGCAUUAUUUUUAUAUUUUCUGUCAAGUAAUUUCAGUCUUUUCCUGUCAACAGUACCUGUUUUUGGUACUGAUGGUAUUAAGAACCUUUUCAUAAGUAAAAGUAUAAAUCAUAUAACUAUUUUGUAGAUUUGACGUAAUUCAAUAAAUACUACAGGCUGUCCC